AUGGACCUUCUCGUGGGCCGCCAGCUCCUGCAAACCUUUGCAGUUCGGCCACUUGAGUAUAUUGUUGUCAACAUAGACACUGACAGUGAUACUCACAGUGAUGAUGGAGAUGAGCAAUUAAGUGAGUAUUUGGGUUCAGAUGUUAUUCCGGAUACAUCCAGCGAUGGCGAUUGGACCGUAGAAUCCGAUUUUGAAGAUCCUGAUGACAACUUUGAGGAACAAUCCCUGCAUGAUACUGAAGAUGAAAAUGAUGAAGACAAUAUAGUUAAUGUAGAUGAUGAAGAAGAUCGUGAUGAUGACAAUGAAGAUGUUGAAGAAAAUAUUCUUCCAGAAAAUUUAAAUAGAAGCAACCCUAGCUUAGUGGGUUUUCCCCCAGGAAACAACAGCAGUCAACCAUCUGCUCCAGAUGAUUUUAUGCAUUUAGAAGAUCUUCUUGAAAGGACGAACAGGCAGAUUACCCACAUUUUUGAAACUGUUUCAAUAAUACAAGAGUUUUCUGAGGUAUCAGAGAUGGAGAAAUGUGGAAAUUGUGGCGAGUCAUUUAACCAGGCAGAGCAGACAUCCCAGGACCAGGACAACCCUAAGGAAAAAGUUCCUGAGCCAGUGGCAGAGGCCGAGCCUGAAGAGCUAGUUUCUAACCAGGACACAGUACCCUUCGAUGAAGGUGCUCAAGGAACCAACAGUGUCACCUCAUCUGAGCAGCCUGCUGUGGAAGCACCGCUAAUAUUUCUGCAGCCAGUAGACACCAUUCUUGUCACUGACCCUAAUGGGAUGAUUUACCCAGUUGUUGUAGGAGUUGAGAAUAUCAGCAGAAAUACUCUCUCACCGCUUGUCUACAUCCCUUCCAAUUUGGAAAUGCCGGGAAUUGCAGAAGCCAAUGUUGAAAACCACACCCUGACAAUGAACAACCCAACUCUUGAGGAAAAUCAAGAAGAGGAAGACACUUUCAUUCCGCCUGUCUUUCACAACUUCCAUAUUCCAGUAAUACCAGAAGCAGUCUUGGAAGGCAGCCCUGAGACAGUGAAUUACCCACCUGCAAUGGGAAAUAGCAGUGGCCAGCAAAAUCCAUCUUCAUCUGUUGAGCCCGUUUCUGAUUCUGAGAUCAACGAAGUUAUAUUGGUAGAAUUGCCAAAAAAAGCUGAAGCCAUUGUGAAUGGAUGUAAACAGACAGUGUAUUAUCCUGCUUUAUUAGGACGUGUUGUUCCUCCAGAUCCUGAAACUCUAGCUGCCUCUGUAUCUUCUGAGUCAGUAAUUGAAAAGCUUGUACUAAUAGAAGUGCCAGUCCACCCAGCGAGCAUCGUGGAUGACAAUUCUGAGACACUGAAUAACCCAAUUAUACCAGAAAAUGUUGGAAGCCAAGAACCUGCUGCUGCAUCAUUUGUCUCUUCUUCAGGAAUUGGAGCUGCACCAGAAAUAAUACCUCAGAAAAUGAAUUGUGCAACUUCCAUGAAGCAUGUUAAUGAUCAUGGUAAUGAUUUAGUACACAUUAGUGACCAAGGUAAUGAUUUAGUAUUUUCUUUCAUUGUUCGGAUUUAG